GAGGGCACAUACUUAGCACUACCGAAGCCUAUAUGUAGUGCACUUGUGUAGAGUGUAGAACGUUAUUUGGGAUUGUGCCAUCUCCAGCACUCUUUCUCGAGUGCACAGAUGGCUUAAAAAAGACGACUAGAGCACUAAACAUUCGUGAUUGCUCUCCUCCAAUGCGCCACCGGCUAAAUCCCAAACGCCUCCUUAUUCCCUAUAUAUGUGCACUAAACGGCGCGUGCAUGUAACGGUUUCUACACUAUAACAAGGGCACUAAAAUUCCAACAUGGCGCCGUUUGAAACACAGCUUGAGCUUCCUGCGUAUAAGGAGAAAGAACAUGGUGAAUGAAGUGAGUUCUUUGGGUUGAAACGUGAUUACAGAAGUUCAUCACCACACCUGCAGUGGAAACAUGUCGAGCCAGAGCCGAGGAACAUCGACGAUGGUGUGAACAUGGCAGCAUGGCGGAGGACGUGCUUAGAGACGCCUCGCUGUCCUUAAAGACGGCCGUCCUGCGUGCGGCGGACCUUCCUCUGUCCGUCUUUUCCUCCCUUCCACAGGUGAGCCUGAGCUCUGGCACCAAGAAGCUCGUGGCGGUUGCAGCAUUCGGCGCCUUCUCUGUCCUCUUCCUCGCCCGUCGCUUCAGGAGGCGGAAAGGGAAGAAAAAAGUGCUGCAGGAGCAGAAGAGGUCUGACUUCCUCUCCACGCUUCCCCCACUGAAAGGUAGCAGCUGCGUUGUGCCACCUUCACACCGCGAUGCUGCUUGCACCCGUCCGAACCUCAGUUUGUCUCUGAACUCGAAGAGCAGCUUUUCCCGUCACGCGGCGUCUAACGGUGGCUUGCAGAGCAAACUUUCCGGCUCCCUGCAGAGUCUGACCUCGGUGAAGAGCGUGAACUCUUGCAGCGAGGGCACCAACGAAUCGGCUUGCUGGGAUGGAAUGGACGACGGCGGCGAUCUACGCAACAUCGCCACGACUCCAGAAAACCUCUACAUGAUUGGUAUGGAGCUGUUCGAGGAGGCCCUGCGACGCUGGGAAGAGGCGCUAAAUUUCCGCAGCCGGCUGGCCGACGACGAGGCCGAGUGCUCUUCUGUAAAACUGGGAGCCGGAGACGCUAUCGCAGAGGAGACCGUAGAGGACAUCAUCAGCGGUGAGUUCAUCCGUAAGCUGGAGUCUCUGCUGCAGAGGGCGUACAGACUCCAGGAGGAGUUCGAAGGAGCGCUGGGGUUCACGGCGCCGUCUUCGCACCACAGCAUGAAGCACACGGAAGGCUCUGUGAGGGAGGAUUUGGAUGACUCGUGUUGGAGAGACACCGUGAGCAUCGGCUCCACCGACUCGUUCGUGUCUGCUGCAGAGCUGUCUGAGCAUAAGAGUGCCUUGGGUCUCAGCUCUCUCUGUCGUUACCCGUUCUACGAGGAGGCUCUGCAGAUGGCCGAGGACGGGAAAAUAUCCUGUAGAGUUCUCCGAACCGAGAUGCUUGAAUGCCUUGGAGACACAGAUUUCCUCGCCAAGCUGCACUGCAUCCGCCAGGCUUGUCAGGUCAUUCUCCAAGAAAUAUCGACUCGGAAGUUUCUGGCUGACACGGGGAAAAAGAUCUUGUCCUCAAUAAUUGUGAAAGCCAGCAAGAACCCUAAGAGAUUUGAGGAAGUUUAUGAAGAGAUGAUUGGCUUCCUAGAGCAGAGGGAGCAUUGGGAGAACACCGAGGCUGAGCUCUCUACGAGAGGGGUUAAGCAUUUAAACUUCUACGACAUCGUCCUCGACUUUAUCCUAAUGGAUUCUUUUGAGGAUCUGGAGAAUCCGCCCAUGUCCAUUACGAAUGUCGUUAACAACCGCUGGCUUAACAGCGCCUUCAAAGAAACCGCGGUGGCAUCGAGCUGCUGGUCUGUUCUAAAGCAGAAGCGACAACAUGUGAAGGAUCAGGAUGGCUUUAUCGCUCACUUCUACAUGGUGUGUGAGCACAUCAGCCCAGAGUUAGCGUGGGGUUUCCUGGGGCCUAAAAGCUCCCUGCAUGACUUCUGCUGCUUCUUCAAGGAGCAGGUGCUGCUCUUCCUGAAGGACAUCUUUGAUCUGGAGAAGGUGCGUUACUCCAGCGUGGACACUCUGGCUGAAGACGUACUGCACCUGCUGCACUACCGAGCUGAGUUGCUCCUGAGCUACUCGGGCUCUGACGUGCCCCACCACGCUAACGGCUGCGUCGGCACAACGCCCCGACUGAUGUCCGGCGCCCUGCCUGAGACCUGGGUGCAGUGAGCGUCUCUCCAGCAAUUCAUAAUUUCAUCCGUCCUUGAAGAACAACAUGUUCUCACAAUCAGUGCAUUGUUUUUGACUUGUCUGUAUCGAUAAAGGUCGAAGUGUAGCAUGUAACGGAGUGAAACUGUUAGUAUGUGCUGCUCUAUUUAGAGUGAUCACACUUGGUAUUUACAUGAAUUAUUUAUUUUAUAUCUGUUUUUAUUCUUGAAAUGAUUGCCAACGAAUAGGUCCCAAAACGUGACUGAAUGAGUGCUGGGAAUUGGAUUGAAUGUUCUUCGAAAAGGCCCUACCUCUGGCUAGAAUUGUCCUAAAUCAAUACCCCCUUAUUGCUUUUGAUGGAUGAACCAGAAAUUUGGGCUUUUAAGAGUGUCGUCCCCCCCCCAAGACUGCGUAAUGUACAGCAGUGGAGGACAUUAUAUCAUUGUUACAACAAUAAGCUUUAUUGAUAGCACCUUUAUCGUGUUCUCAAGUUUGAAGUAAAUGUUGGAUGUGGGUUUUUUUUCUUUUUUUUAUUGAAAAUUUUAACAAAUUUUAGCACAGAUCGUUCUUUAAUCCUGACUUGACUGCGUGACUGUCAUUGUGUCAAAAGGGGUGGAGCUUAAGUUAAAUCAGCCACUUGCAAACUUGAUCAUAUGACAUAACUACUAGCUUCUUUUUCCUUUACAGGUGCAUCUAAAAAAAAAAAAAAAUUAUAUUGUGGUGAAAGUAAUUUUUUUUUCCUGUAAUUUAAUUCAAAAAGUGGAACUUUUAUAUAUUCUAGAUUUAUUACACAAAGUGAAAUAUUUCAAGCCUUUUUAAAAAAAAAUUUAAUCUUGAUUACGGCUUACAGCUCACUAAAAUUAAAAAUCGAAUAUUUCAAGAUAUUAGAAUAAAUAAUUUAUAAUACAGUAAUGUCGACCUGAGAAGAGCUCUAAUCAGCUGAUUAAUUCAGAACACCUGCAAAGGUUUCCUGAGCCUUUAAUCUCUCAGUCUGGUUCAGUACACACAACCACAAUCACGGGGAAGAUGAAACUCAAUGUGUUUCAUUUGGAAAUCAAGGUCCCAGAGUCUGGAGGAAGAGUGGAGAGGCACUCUUGAAGUCCAGUGUGAAGUUUCCACAGUCAGUGAUGAUUUGGGGGGUCAUGUCCUCUGCUGGUGUUGGUCCACUGUGUUUUCUCAAGUCGAGAGUCGAUGCAGCGUCUACCAGGAGAUUUUAGAACACUUCAUGCUUCCAUCUGCUGAUGAGCUUUAUGGAGAUGUUGAUUUCCUUUUCCAGCAGGACUCUGCACCUGUCCACAGUGUCAAAACUACUAGUAACUGGUUUGCUGAGCAUGGUAUUACUGUGCUUGAUUGGCCAGCCAACUCACCUGACCUGAACCCCACAGAGAAACUACGAGAGACACCAGACCCAACAAUACAGUCGAGCUGAAGGCCGCUAUCAAAGCAACCUGGGCUUCCCGAACACCUCAGCAGUGCCACAGGCUGACUGCCUCCAUGCCACGCCGCAUUGAUGCAGUAAUUCCUGCAACAGGAGCCCCGACCAAGUGUCGAGUGCAUAAAUUAACAUACUUUUCAGAAGGUUGACAUUUCUGUAUUAUAAAUUCUUUAUCCUAAUAUUUUGAGAUACUGGUUUACACUCACAUUUAGCAACCUCAACAUUAUUUCAGCUACCUAGUUAAUCUUACCCGUCACUAGCUUGCUAAUUAGUACUAGCUAACUAAUAAUGAUGGUCAUUAAAAUCGGGAGUUGAUUAGAUAAUGUUUGUUAAAUUACCGUGGUGAAGUUCUAUACUCAGAUUUAUGAUUAACUGAUCAAAACAAUUUAAUCUAAGCUCCACCUUUGUUAAUACAUUAAUGCCAGAAUGUGAGCUUAAACUGCCUGUUCGGUUGUUAAGCUAAAUGCUAAAUAUUUAUGCUAAAAGAACUUGGAUGUAUUUUGUCUAAGUAUCAAAUUAUUUUUCUGUAAAAACUGUCCAAAGGUUGUGCUGCUACAAUGUCAAAUUUAUGAGUUAAUAAAUGGCCAAUGGAAAGUGUUUCAACGGUGAGAACAACUAUUAUGAAGCAAAAUUUUAUAACUUAAGUUUUGUUGUUUGGCACGGUACCUAAAACUGAUGUGAAAUGUGUUUAAGGAAGUUUUAUGUAACACUUAAUGCUGAAUUCCAGUACUACUUUUGGGUCCUACACACCAUGCAUUUUUCUGAUUCAUUCUUUGGGCAUGAGCUGAGAUCGUUAGCCAUUAUGUGAGGUGCUUACCGGCGACCAUUUUGGUUCCAUUUUAACCAAAGUCAUCCAAUGACAGUCAUCUAAAAUACACCAAAAACAGGACAGCUACAAAUUUAACAAUUAAUAUUAAUGCACUUGUUCUAAUAAGGUAUUGUUUCUAUAGUAAGAAGUCAUUCACUGGGACUUGUAUGGCUGACAAUGUACACAAUCUAAGGCUAAUAGUAAACGGAAGGUAGAAACAUCAUGUAUAAUAAUUAACUGAUAUGGUGAAGCUUUAUGUGAGGAAAUGUUUAUUUAAGAUCUGCGGAAGGAGUGUCAGUGUUUGUCUGUAAGGUUUCUGCCAUGGGACACUUCAGAACAGAGGACUUUGCACUUUCAGGUUUAUUGGUAAAAAAUAUGUUGCCUGGACACAUCCUCAGAAAUUAAUGUGAUGCGUCUGCGUGGUGCCAGCGUCAUAUUUCCAGAGCCAGUAGUGUGCGGAGUCUGCAUGUUCUACCCGUGCUACGGGGGUUUCCUCCCCAAGUCCAAAGACAUGCAUGGUAGGCUGCUUGGCAUGUCCAAAGUGUCUGGAGUGUAUGAAUGGGUGUGUGAAUGUGUAUGUGAGUGGAUUGGGAUUUGUACCUCGUCCAGGGUGUACCCCGCCUUGUGCCAGAUGCUCCCUGGGAUAGGCUCCAGGUUCCUCACAACCCUGUAGGAUAAGCGGUAUAGAAAAUGUAUGGAUGGAGGACGCAAAGUAUAUCUGCAUCCGUAUCACUGCUGCAAGAUAAGUGAUAACAGGAACUUUUCUCACAGAUGUUCCAGAACAUUAAAUGUAACUAUAAAGGGAUAGAAGUUAUGAUGUGUUGUUUAUUUAAUUUUUUUUUAACAAAUUAUUGUUGGUGGCAGUUGGUAUAAGAGGAAUAAAACACUUCAGGAUGUGCUUUUUUUUUAAACAGAAAAACAAUAAACCUGUUUUUUGUUUUUUUUUUAAA